AUAAAUACAUCAUUUUAUAUGUAAAAUUGCAAUUAAUUAAUCUACAUUUGUACAUCAAAAGUGAAAUAAGUUACAAUAUGCGUAAGAAAAUUGAUUUAAUGGCAUGGAUGACGUCAUCGUGCACCACUAGUACCACCACGUGACUAGUUUCCUUUAUUUACUGUUAUUUGUUUAUAUAAUUUUUUAGUAUGGGAUUUGUACGAUUUCAAUUUUCUAUCGCUCGUAUAUUUGAAAUCACAUGUCUCAGAAUUGCGAAAAUUGUAAAGAACAUGUAUAAAGAGCGUUCCAGUUAUACCAUUAGAAAUUACCAUGAUGCUAUUAAAAAGUUACAGUGUCUUCAAAGUAAUGGUACAUAUAUCAAAAUUAAUGCAAAUAAUCCAACAAGAAAUGUGGCCAAAUUGAAGGAUAUGGAAAAAUAUUUAAAUAGGUCUGGUAUUAGCUUGGAACAACUGGACGAGCUCUCUGUUAUACAUGUAGCCGGUACCAAAGGAAAAGGUUCGGUUUGCGCUUUUACAGAAUCCAUAUUGCGAGCGCAUGGAUUUAAAACUGGUUUUUAUAGUUCACCUCAUUUAAUUACCGUUAAAGAAAGAUUUAGGAUAAAUGGUAAUCCUAUCGAUGAAAGAGAUUUUGCUUAUUAUUUUUGGAAUUUGUAUAAAAAAUUAGAUAACUUGAAAGAAUUUGAAUCUGACAUGCCAAUGUAUUUCAAAUUUCUUACUAUUUUAAUGUUUAAUAUGUUUUUACGAGAAAAUAUAGACGUAGCAAUUAUAGAAGUUGGAAUAGGUGGAGAAUAUGAUUCAACCAAUGUCAUAAGAAAUCCUGUAUGUGUUGGUAUAACGAGUUUAGCGUUAGAACAUACUUCUAUUUUAGGAAAUACGAUAGAAGAAAUAGCAUAUCAAAAAGCAGGUAUUUUCAAGCCAAAUACAAUUGCGUUUACGGUACCUCAACAAAAAGAAGCUUUAGAAAUAUUGAAACAAAGAGCAAUCGAAAGGCAAACCGUUUUAAACGUUACUCCAUCCUUUCAGGAUUAUAAAUGGAAAAAUAACGUAUUAAAUAAUACAAGGUUUAGUCAAAUUCAACAACAAAAUGCGUCUUUAGCAAUACAGUUAGCAAUUCAAUGGAUGCAAUCUCGAAUGAAUCCAAAUCAUUCUUUGAUAAUUAAUAAGAAACUUAAUAACAAUUUAGAGAGCAAUAAUGUACAAACGAAUAAUAUUAAAGGUAACAAUAUUGAAGAAGAAAAAUAUAUAUCAUUUGAAAAAAUUACAAGUGCAUUAUCUCGUUGCGUGUGGCCAGGACGACAAGAAAUUUUAAAGGGUACUUUAUUUGAUUUUUAUUUGGACGGUGCUCAUACUAUGGAAAGUAUGGAUUGUUGCAUCUCUUGGUUUAGUAAUCAAAUAGAAAACGUUAAUGGUAAACGAUAUUUGAUUUUCAACAUGAUCGGUAAACGCAAUGUGUCUCCGUUUAUAAAAUCAUUGAAAAAGAUUCAAUUUCAUAAAGUUUAUUUUGUGCCUAAUCUUUCUGGAAUACCGGAAGUAGAUAUUCAAUCGACGACCAUUUCGAUAAAUGAACAAAAAAACAAAUGUCAAGAGUAUUGCAAAAUGUGGGGAGAACAUUCCGUUGUUGCAGAAAAUGUAAUGGAAAUUUUUAAUGAUAUUAAGAUGGAACAUGCAGUUGAGAAAGCUAAUAUUAGUAAAGAUAGAUCUCAAAUACUUAUUACUGGAUCUUUACAUUUAGUAGGAGCAGCUCUUGCUAUUUUAGAUCCUAAUUUGACUAUGACUACUAAAUUUUAACCCUUUCUUUUUGGCACAGCCGCGAUCGCUUGUAAAUACAGUAGUAGCGUGUAAAAGUUUUUUAAACUAUUCUAUUUUUUCAUACGAAGAUGAGCAAAUAUAAAUGAUCAACAACAAAACGUAU